AUGAGUGCCCAGUUUGAAGCCGAACCCCAGUCUUACAGCUCUUUGCUGGCGACAAUUAGGAAGCUCAUGUCAAAUCUAUCGCACAUCUUCACCGAUAUGAAUGAGCCUUCAGAGUGGAACACCGGCGAAUCGAAGGCUCAGUACUGGAAUAAUCCUAUUGAUACGUUUAUUCAGCUCCUUUUCAGGCGCAAAUCAACGGUUCAGUGGGCGGGAACGGCUGAAAUGGAUCAUGUCAUCAAUGAGGCACUCAAUGCUUCUGUACCGUACCCUCAGCUGAUCCAGUUCAUUCAGACAUCGCCCGUCUUCAAUCAUCUUGUUCUGAUGUUCACUGAAAUUAUCGUGGAAGAUUUAACCAAGCUGCAAUCAAGAAAGAAUCGCAUGACUAAGGUCUACGAAAUUGUUCACGAACACUUGUACGUUACGACUAUGGCCCUCAUCAACGCAAAUUUAGUUAUAGUGCAAGAUACUGAUGAUGUGCUCUACAGUUGUAUCGACGCUUGGAUAAAUUACAUAUCUAUGGCAAGGAAUGUAUCCCCCCAUGGAAGAAUGGACCUUAGCGAAAUGUUUCAGAAUCUAAUUAGAUUAAUGUGCGAAUCUAAGGAGGACACCGAUAAUUUUGUUCGUGCCGAGAAAGUUCUAGGCAUACUGGCAAAUGUGUUCUCUAAUGACCCUACUUUGAUGGAUUACGAGUUGCGUGAGCAAUUAGAAGCAAUCUUUGUGGGCAUUUCAAGAUCCGGAGUAACCAAUACAUCAAGACAUCAAUGGAUGCUUCAAUAUAUGAAUCAUCUGGUAACACAUGAAAUGAUAAAUGAACUGAAAGAAUUGGCGGUUUGCAUAGUUGAUUUUUUACAAGUCAACACAUUGCACCUUUGCAACAAACUUUUCAGCAAUGUUCCAACAUCAGAUAUAAGCCAAGAGAGCUCCCAACAGUACGUUAAAGUUCUUCUGCAGAUGGCGAAUUUUCCUCUAACGCCAAUUCUGGAGGAGUUUUUCUCAGUUAGAAUGGUAGAUUUCUGGUUAGAUUUGGCAGACGCAUACAGUAAUCUUCCUUCCGGAACACUAUCUCCUAAUGGUUCAGAGCUUGCGGUUGGCAUCUUUCAACAGGUGCUCAGUAUCUACCUUCCGAAGAUAAGUCUACAGAAUAAGCAAAAAGUUUUGGAGCAUGAUCAAGAUCAAGCGAGUGCGCAUGAGUUUGAUGAUUUUAGAGCAGCAGUAUCAGACCUUAUGGAAUCUAUGUGGUCAAUUUUGGGCAACGAUAAGUUGACAAACGUACUGAUCUCUAACAUUGGCAAUUCUUCUGACAAUGUUGAUAUAUUUGGCCUUGAGGCCAUGUCAUUGGUACUCAAUACACUGCUUGCAGACAUGACCCUUUCUGAAAGCCCCUGGAUUUGUGAUGUCUUGGAGUCCUGCCAAUUUUUCAUUCAAAACACUGUGGUUCUCUUUAAGGCAGGUUAUGAGCGGGAAAACAACAGCGCAGUGGAGCAGCUCAUAAGAUUGGAUUUCGUUAGAACUAGCUCCACCCUAAUGGGACUACUAGCCGGCUACUUGAAGCAAUCUCCAUCGCGCCUGAACCUUUGUAUCGACGAGCUAUUCAAGGGAUUAGAGUACUGUACAGUGAAUCGUCAAGGAAGUGACAGCGAAUUCAAGGAUAAAGUGGAAACGUUGAUAAUCAAAGCUAUUUCACUUUUGUGCGACACCUGUCGCUCGGAGUUGAGUUCUUAUUUACCGCAGCUUUUCAACAUUUUAAGUACUCUGCUGGCCGCAGAGGCCAAUAUUUCCAACUUUGCAAGAGAAAAUCUAGUUCGAUCGCUUGGGUUCGUCCUCGAGAGUCAAGUCGAAGGAGGACCUGAGCAACAAGGGCAGUACAUCUUACAAAUAAUUGAUUUGCUUCAACAUUUCAUCCAGCGAAGCUUCGGCAUAUCAACAAUAGCACCGCGGGAGCAGAAAAAUUAUUUUCUCUGUUUGCUGACUUGUAUUUCAGAGCUAGGGUCAGCACUGCUUCCCACAGAGGACGCUGAAAGUCCCGCUCUUUUGCAAAGGCUCGCAGAGUUCCGUGACUUCUGGAAACGCGAUCCGUUACAGAUUAGAUCCAAAAUUUUGGGACUGCUUAUGCAAUUUACUAAUGACCCAGCGUUCUGUGAAGAUUCAGGCUUCGUUGAAGUCAGUUGUCUAAUACUAGGUAAGGGGUUAAAGCUAUGCGAAGAUGAGCCAUUUUUCCUAACAUUUUCCAUGUCAGAAAUUUUGUCUUUCAUUCUGAACCAGCUGCCAAAGGCAAACAUCUCAUCUUCAUUGCCAUAUUACUCAUAUCUAUUAGAGAGCCUUAUAAAGCGGUACCGGGAUCAGAUAUCGCCGCAGGAGUUUGACUACGUCUUCGAGAACAUUUUCUUGAAGUACUACCAUUCUGCCAUUGUUGAUGACCCUGAUUUGUUACAAACGACAGUCAGCUUCGUCAACAGUGUACUAGAUUGCAAACCUUCCUUGGCUAUUCAGUCCUCGCACUGGCAAUCUUUUAUUUUACCAGAGUUCAUUAAUCUACUUUCAGCCAGAGAGAAGUUUACCAUAGUUGCGAUAACAAAGUUCUGGACAAAGGUCCUCAAUAACAAAAAAUAUUCCGAAGCGGAUGUGGCUGCUACCCAAGCCUUGAUCAAUGACAUCGGCCAGCAAGUUAUCUCUCAAACCAUGCUCGGAUUGUAUAAUACUCAAAGAUCGGACUUGAGCAGCUACACAGAUCUUCUGCGAGCAUUUGCAGCAAAGUUCCCGAUGCAAACCAAAGUAUGGCUUGGUAAUGCAUUGCCUCAAAUCUGUGCAAACAACGCAGCACACGAAAGAUUUACCAAUAAGUUAUUGGUUACUAGGGGCAAUCGAGCCGCGGCUAAUGUUGUACUCGAAUGGUGGUUAGAAUGUAAUCAACUGCCAAGUUUGUAA